UGAUAUUUAUCUACCUUGACACAAGGAAUAAUGUCAGCAAAUCUGAUAUUGGCCUCGAGGUUAUGGUAUAACUAAUUUUUUUUAUUUUUUUUACAAAUUUAUAUCACACCUAAGGUGUAGCCAUAUUGCACCUCGGCUAAUCAAUUGUGAGCUGCAAAUAUUAUUAUUAUUAUUUUUCUAUUCUAGUGUACAAAUUAGCCUUAAAUCAAUUUUGCACAUUAAUAUCAAUAUAUUAUGUUAAAUACCUUAUUUUCUUCUCUAUAGGGCUGCUCACCCCUUUUUAGACAGUAACGCUGCUCACUAAUUUAAAGUGGCCACGGUGAUGGGCUGCCAGUUUAAGGUCAGGCAGCAUAGCAUAGUCCCGUGGCCACUUAAGAACAAUGACCAGUGGCUGCUGCUAUGGGAUGGUCCCGCGACACUCCUGGGGACUGCCGCUGACACACUUAUGUGUCGUGACACCCAGUUUGGAAAGCACUGGGGAGCUUGCUCCUUUCUCUAACCCCUCCCUUUCCCAUGUCAUGUUCACAGUAUAGGGUACAAGUCCACAAGAGAUCCAUUCAUUUUUUGCCUUUAGAGAAACAUAUGAGUAAAAUGUAUUGAUAAUGUAGUUUAUAUUGGCGGUCUCUGUGCCUGGAAAUCACUGUCCUACUCUGAAUGUGCUCUCACAUGGUACAGCUGCCACUGUUGAGGUUAGUAAGUCAUUGAAGUGAGCAGAACAGGGAGAUAACCCUGUUAGGGCUGAUCAGACUAGGAGACCAGGGCUGGAUGACAAAAUUAAAGAGACAGAGACACCAAGUGACCUUUUUUAAUUUUUUUCCCAUCUAUUUUAAUAAAGUAUAUUAAGAAAAGGCAGUCAUUACAUUUUUAUUAAAGUGUUACUGUUGUUAGAAAAGAGAACUUUUUUUUUUUUGUGUAACUGUAAGUAUUGAAAGUACAUGAAGAAAUUGUGCUACUUACACAUUAAUUCCUAACCUGUUCUUAAGGUUAGGGAUUCAUGUGUAAGAGAAUAAAUAAAACGGGCAAGACAAGUUCCAGAUGUGUUGCCCUAUUUUUUUGCACCGUUUCGAUUUUUGUCUAUAUAGCUUUUGUUUUGUACUGUCACUCUUUUAUAAUAUUGUUGCUUAGUAUUGUUUUACGUUACCUUUUAUUAAUAUUAUCUUAUACCUCCUUUUUCUUUAGAAAAUCUAAAGAAGAAUGAAGCCACCAUCCAGGAACUUUGCAAACAAGCAUGAACCUCUCCUAUGUCAGAGACCUGACAACACCUCAUUCACUCAGCAGAGACUUCCAGCCUGGCAGCCUUUUCUCUCUGCCAGUAUAGUCAUCCCAUGUUUCUUCUUUAUAGGAUUAUCCUUUAUAGGAAUUGGUAUUGGAUUAUAUUAUUCAUCGGACAGUAUAAAAGAACAUGAAUACGAUUACACAGGAGCGCAAGAAGGUGACCCCUGUAACUAUUGUGCUGUAAGUGCCUCAAGACCCUGCUACUGUAACAUUACUUUUAAUAUAACAGAAUCCUUACAGGGACCUGUUUUUAUGUACUAUGAAUUAUCAAACUUCUACCAAAACAACUAUCGAUAUAUGAUAUCUAGGGAUAAUACACAGUUAAGUGGAGACCUUGAUAGCCUAAAGAAUCCUUCCAAUGAGUGUGCCCCGUAUAGAGUGAAUUCUGACCAAAAGCCUAUAGCUCCAUGUGGUGCUGUGGCAAACAGCAUGUUUAACGAUACUAUUACACUGUUUUACUAUAAUAGUGGAACAUAUGAUGAAGUGCCACUAAAUGGAACAGGGAUAUCCUGGUGGACGGAUUACAACAUUAAAUUCCAGAACCCAACUAAUGGCAAUCUGACCUUAGCCGAGAUCUUCGAAGGGACAGCGAAACCUACCAACUGGCAAAAUGGAACAUACAACCUGUCUGAGUCUGGAUUUAAAAAUGAGGACUUCAUUGUAUGGAUGAGAGCUGCAGCAUUACCAACAUUUCGAAAAUUAUACAGAAGAAUAGGGAACCUAACUGAAGGAACAUAUCAGCUAAGAUUUGAGUACAAUUACCCAGUUAGUAGUUUUCAAGGAACGAAAAAAAUAGUUUUCAGCAGUAUAUCCUGGAUGGGAGGAAAGAAUCCAUUCCUUGGAAUUGCAUAUCUUGUUUUUGGUUCUUUAUGUACUGUCUUUGCGAUCAUUAUGCUCAUUGUAUUCAUAAAGUACCAAGGGAAAAUAGAUGAUGACCUCUAGUGUCUAAAAUUAUUUAUAAAGUUGCCAGUUUCCACAAUGUUUACAUUAAAUAGCAAUAUCUGUAGCAAGAAGCGAUGAUGUACAUUUCUUUAUGAAAAACACAAAAACAAAUAAUAAUAAUUUGACUGCUCUUUAGUCUCUUUGGUCUAAG